AUGGGACCAAUUCCUUCAUUUCGUGCUUGCAAGGGUCUUGUAUACGUAUGUCUGAACGAUAAUAAUUUGACGGGCUCACUUUCUCACUUGCAUUUUCGAGGUCUUACAAACCUCUUCAUUUUAGAUUUAAGCCACAAUUCAUUGAGCGGCUCCAUCCCUCCCCAACUUUUUGCCUUGCCCGUUGACUAUCUUAGUCUGUCCAACAACCAAUUCAGUGGCCAGCUCGAAGAGUUUCCAAUUGUUAAUGAUAACAUUUCUACGCUAGAUUUGAGUAGAAAUAGGAUAGAAGGUCCUAUUGCUAACUUCAUCUUCGAGCUUCGAAGCAUGGAGAGUCUCGACCUUUCUGACAACUUGUUCAACGACACUUUUAAGUUGAGUAAGAUUCAAAGUUGCCUUUGGGAACUUAUUCUUUCUAACAACAACUUGUCAAUUGACACAACCAACACGAGUUCAAGUUGCUUAAAAAGUUUGGACAUUUCUUUUAAUCUUCUUACAUGUGCUGAAAAGUCUCACUAUGUUAAUAAUGCUUCUUAUGUUGCAAGACUAAACUUGCAGUCUAACAAGUUGCAUUGUGCCUUCUCUUCCUUGAUCCCAACCUCUUCAAAGUAUUCCACUAUCUUGCUCGCAAACAAUAGACUAACCGGAGUCCUUCCAACCUUCAUCUGCAAUGCAUCUUCAAUUAGUGUUCUCGACUUGUCUUUCAAUAACUUGAGUGGUAGCAUUCCUUCUUGCCUAAUCAAUGCAAGUUUUGUGAAAGGAGUCCUCAAUCUUAGGGGAAACAAAAUCAGUGGUGUUAUCCCUGAUCAAUUUUCUAGUGAGUGUGGCCUACAUACCUUUGAUGUUAGUAACAACAGCUUAGUCGGUAAGGUUCCUAAGUCUCUGGCGAAUUGUGAGAAAAUAGUGGUCGUGAAUCUUGGAAACAACAACCUUGAGGGUAGAUUCCCUUGCAUGCUGCCGUUGAGCUUGCGCAUCCUUCUUUUGUGCUCCAACAGAUUCCAUGGAGACUUGCGUUGUGGUAAGAGGUGA